AUGAUCGGAGAGUACACGUUCGUGCAGAUGAAGUCGCUGUCCAUGGUGUAUGAGGACUGGCUCAGGUCCCAUGGGUUUGCGAGCAAGAUGGCCAGGUCGAGCCCGGAGUUCUCGCCCGAUUGGCCGAUGAUCUUGAUGGUCUCGCGCACGUCGUACGUCCAGAACCCGUUGAACAGAGUCGGGGUGCUCAGGACUGUUUUUCCGCAGCCACGGCUGUUUAGAACCAUGCACUCGAACUCGGGCAUUCUCGAGAAAAUGCACCGGAUGUACGACUCCGCAGACGAUCCAGAGAGACCGUGCAACCCAAGCAGAAUCGGCUUGGACGACUCGUCCAGCUCUUUCCUCUCGGCAGUAGUCAGAAGCCGAGUGGAUUUCGGCAGCACAGAAGUUUGGGGUUCUUUCAAACUCCCGUCCAGAAACUUAUCUUUGGAAAUCAUCCGGUCAAGGGACACCUGUGCUCCGUCGUCGAACGUUAGGAUCUCCCUUCCGAAAUAG